CUCUUUGAUGCGGUUCACAGCGAAGCAUGAGACUUGGCCUUGCUGGAUUUUUACCACAGACCCACGGACACAGCGAACCGGAGUUUUGAAACGGUAACUGCACAGUUGCAUUAAUAAGUUAUUGUGUGUGUGAAUUUCACCAAAAAUGUCCCGGUUUUAAUCCAGUGAGCAAAACCAAACCCAAAUAAUGUGAUUGUUUAACUCUUCUGCAGCCACAGUACAAAUUUCAAGUUCCUAACUACAAUGGGUAAAUGGAUCUUCGCCAUGACCAGUAUUAUCAUUUUUAGAAUAACGUUCAGUUUGGACUCGUCAAAAUCUUGCCGGAAAAAGACGAGUUCCUUAGGAGGAGAAGAACUAAUUUGUCACAACGCUACCACUUCUCUUUUGAAAAAUAACGAUUUUAUCCUUAGCAAAACCCAUUGGUUUACUUGUGAGAACUGUACCUUGAAUACUGUAGAUAGUAGCACGUUUAAUUUCACCAAAAAUAGCAUUAAUUAUUUAUAUUUAAUUUCGUCUCAAAUAUUUGCAAUAAAAGGCCGCGCGUUUAAUAAAUUAAAAUUCUUGAAAGUUAUUAAUUUGCGUAACAAUUCAGUCACUGAUUUGGACCCUGAAUCUUUCACGAAUUUGACUAGAGUGACACAAGUCGAUUUAAGUCACAAUAGUCUUAGGAUUUUAACAAACAAAAUGUUCCACAAGUUGACAAAUUUGGAUUUGUUGAACUUGAAUCAUAAUAAUAUUUACUACAUCCAACCCGAUGCUUUUAAGGGGUUGUCGAAUUUGCGACACUUGUAUCUCAGUAAUAAUCGCCUUGAGAGGUUGGAAGGUUAUGUUUUCAAGUAUUUACCGAAUCUUUUGUUGCUGUAUUUGGAGCACAAUAGCAUUAUUUCGAUCGAUUCGUUCGCGUUUGCAAAUUUGAGUAAUUUAAACGCACUUUAUUUGAACAACAACAGCAUUAACUUUCUGACACAAUACAAUUUCAAGCCUUUAAAUAACUUGGUGGACUUGCAACUGAGACGCAACAGUCUUGUCGAAAUCCAAACUAGUGCGUUUAACGGCCUGACAAAUCUCAAACAUUUACAUCUGGGGAACAAUCGACUAAGAACCGUUAAACGUUACGGUUUUGUCGGCUUAGACAAUCUCCAAAAUUUGGAUUUGAUCAACAACGAUUUCAAACAUUUCGAUUUGAGUUACGUCGAGAGUUUGAAAAAAUUGGAAACGCUUUGGUUGGAGCAGAAUCGCCUUUCAAAUCUCAGUAUCGACGUCAAACUAGAUCCGCUAAAUUCCUUGUACAGUUUGGGAAUAAAUGAUAAUAAUCUGACCGUUUUAAAUUACAAACUGUUGUAUAACAAGAUGCCAAACAUUCGGGACGUUUUUAUUUAUAAUAAUAGCUGGAAUUGCGAGCUGUUGAUUAAUAUGCAGCAGUUUUUUCAAGAACAAAAUGUUAGUUUGUGUAUGAGCUUUGAUUGCAACCCGGAGAAAAAUAAGCACCUUCUUGAAGAAUCUUCCUGUGAGGUGAUGAUUGAUCACAAAGAGGAGGAUAGUGGAGAAGAUUUUGAGGCGGAUUUUGUUGCGGAGGUGGGGACUUGCGCUAGGAUUAGUGUGAUUUUAAUUUUAGUUAAUAUCCAAAUGUUAAUAUUUAUGUAAAUUACACUGUUAGGUUUUAACUACCAGCUACCUCAUGUUGUCAAAGCUUUAUUUGUAAAUAAAAUAUUUACGACACGUU